AUGAAGCUUUUCAGAAACAUUCCACUGCUGCAGAUCUUCCUGCUGUCCAAUUUAAGCCUGAUCGGUGGAGUACAAAGAGCUCCUCGGAUCACAACCUUACUGGAGACGGUGGAUGCCCUGCUGGAUAACAAUGCUACUUUUAUAUGUGAGAUCGACUCAUACCCUCUAGCAGAUAUAACAUGGACACGAAAUAACUACCCUAUAAGGCACUAUGAUUCUCGAUACAUAAUCAGAGAAAACGGCCAAAUGUUGAUCAUUCCUAACGUGAGAGACACAGAUAAGGGAGAGUACUGUUGCAUUGCUGACAAUGCAAUAGGAGAACCAGCAAAAAGCUGUGGAGCUUUACAGCUAAAGAUGAAACCCCAAAUUAAAAGACAUCCUACAAACAUCACUUUAUUACUCGAUUCCAAGGCAGUGUUGCCAUGUGUAACAUUAGGAUAUCCUAAACCAGACAUUUCCUGGAUUAAAGAUAAUGAUUUAAUCAAGGUUGAUGGGCGCAUAUCCGUUUUGGACAUUGGGGCUUUAAAAAUUCACAACAUUAAAAAAGAGGAUGCAGGAGAGUACCGAUGUGUGGCUAGAAACAGCUUUGGUAUUACCUAUUCCAAACCAGUCACUAUUGAAGUACAAGCUCCUGCUAAAAUACUUAAAGUUCCCAAAGAAAGAAAAGUGCAAAUUGGAACAAAAGUGGCCUUGGAGUGCAAUGCUACUGGCAACCCCGUCCCAUCCAUCACCUGGCUGGAAAAUGGCAAUACGAUCACUGGGGCAUCAGUUGAGGAGACGCUGGUUGGUGAAGUAAUAGUCUCAGUGCUGCGUGUGGUGGUAAAUAAGCCGGCUCUUUACACAUGCCAGGCCACCAACCAGCACAGCGGAGGAGCAAACAAUGUCAAAGCUACAGCCAAGAUCACUGUUUCAGAAUGGAGGCUUUAUAAAGGCAGUGCUGGAUACUGCAGUACAUACCGUGGUGAAGUGUGCAGCCAGAUAUUACGCCAGUCAACGCUCGUCUUCUUUAACUCUUCUCUGCCUGAGCCAGAGCAGGCACAGGAGUUCCUGGCACAGAGUGGCUGGGCAGAGCUGGAGGGCACAAGUCCACUGUGCCAGCCUGCAGCUCGCUCUCUGCUUUGCCAUGCUGUCUUCCAAGACUGCAGCCCUUCGGGACUCGGGCCCGGACCCAAACCUGUGUGCAGGGAGCAUUGUCAGGCUGUAAAGGAUCUCUAUUGUUAUAAAGAAUGGCAGUCUAUGGACGACAGGAGUCCACGAGGAGUCGUUUCUCCAAGCCUGAGCCAAACUCUGCCUGAUUGUUCAACUCUGCCCAGCCAGCGGGCAGAUCCGGCAUCAUGUACUGCUGUAUCAUUUGUGGAGAUGAAAAAAGACCAAAUUACAACAAAAUGCUACAAUGAAAAAGGAAGAUUUUAUCAAGGAACUUACAAUGUCACAGCUUCUGGAAUCCCUUGCCAGCGAUGGGACAAGCAGGAACCACAUCCUCACAGACUGUCUGUGGAUGUCAUCCCUGAGCUGAGAAAUGCAGAGAAUUACUGCCGCAACCCUGGAGGAGAGAGCGACCGGCCAUGGUGCUACUCCACCAGCCCCAAUGUACGCUGGGAGUACUGCCUGGUUCCUAAAUGUACAGAAGUUACCAGUGUGAAAGCGGUGCCCGCUACAAAACCCGGUCCUCCAAACCCUGUGCCUGCUGUGUCCACUGCAUACUACAUGAGUGUUAUUAUAUUCCUCAUGGCUGGCUUUGCUGGUCUGGCCUUCUUUACUAUAAUCCUGCUAAUGUGUCUCAAGAGAAGAAAGAGAAGAAAACGCCAAAAAAGCAGGGCCAUGGAGCCCCCCACUAUCACGGCUCUGCCCUCUGAGCUGCUCCUGGACAGGCUGCACCCGAACCCCAUGUACCAGCGCGUUCCCCUGCUGCUUAACUCCAAGCUGCUGUCGCUCGAGUACCCACGUAACAACAUUGAAUAUGUGCGGGACAUUGGCGAGGGGGCGUUCGGACGGGUGUUUCAGGCGAGGGCUCCUGGGCUGUUAUCCAAUGAAGCAUUUACAAUGGUAGCAGUAAAAAUGUUGAAGGAAGAAGCCUCAGCAGAUAUGCAAAAUGACUUCCAGAGAGAGGCUGCUCUAAUGGCGGAGUUUGAUCACCCCAACAUCGUCAAGCUUCUGGGAGUGUGUGCUGUUGGAAAGCCCAUGUGUCUGAUGUUUGAGUACAUGGCACAUGGCGAUCUGAACGAAUACCUGCGCAGGCGCUCUCCGGUCCAGCAGAGGACACUGAGCCAGGGAAGCCUCACAUGGCGCAGCAGCCAAACCUCUGAGCCUGAUCCCUGCCCUCUCAGUUCCCUGGAACAGCUCUCAAUAUCCAAGCAGGUGGCGGCCGGCAUGGCAUACCUCUCUGAGCGCAAAUUUGUGCAUCGUGACUUAGCUACACGCAACUGCCUUGUGAGUGAGAACCUGGUGGUGAAGAUUGCAGACUUUGGUCUGUCGCGCAACAUCUACGCAGCUGAUUACUACAAAGCGAGUGAGAACGAUGCGAUUCCCAUCCGCUGGAUGCCUCCAGAGUCCAUCUUCUAUAACCGGUACACUAGUGAGUCGGAUGUGUGGGCUUACGGUGUGGUGCUUUGGGAAAUCUUCUCUCAUGGCAUGCAGCCCUACUAUGGCAUGGCACACGAGGAGGUCAUUUACUACGUCAGGGAUGGUCAUGUGUUGCCGUGCCCUGAGCAGUGCUCUCUGGAGCUGUAUAACCUGAUGCGUCUGUGCUGGAGCACACACCCGUGCGACCGGCCCAGCUUUGCCAGCAUCCACCGCAUACUGGAGAGGAUGCAUAACCAGAUGCUGCACACCAGCCUACACGAAGGCAUGCAGAACCAUGCAGCAGAGUGAAAUACACAGAGAAAAUCUGAAACAGAGGAAAAGCUGAGAAACUUUAUUCCAUCUAAGGUUGACUGCUUUGAGUACUGAUGUUGAACACAGGCAGAUGCAGUCAUGUGAAACUGAGAGAAAUACAAAUAGGACAUCUAGGACAAAGAAAGGUCCAAAAGUCUGAAACUACCAAGACCUAGGAUGUUAUUUCCUUUCUAAUUAAAAAGUUUAAUAAUUGUAUUAUUAAUAUUAUUAUGAAAUAUUAGAAACCAUAAUAUUUUAAAACUAUGGGUUUUACUACCACCACUGAGAUCUGAGUAUAAAUCUCAGCUGUGCUAUUGCAUUGACAUUUAAUAGAUGCUUUUAUCCAAAGCAACUUACAACUGACUGAAUACAGUGUAAGCAAUUAAGGGUCAAGGGCCUUGCUUAUGAGCCGAACAGUAGCAGCUUGGAGAUGAUGGGGCUUGAACCUUCAUAUUACAAAUCCAGUAUCUUAACCACUAUACUAUAACUGCCCCAAAAACCAUUACACAGACACAAUCGGCUAUGUCAGAGAAGAGGGGAGGCCGAAGCCAUGUGAUGGAUUGGUGGCAGGGUAUUCCUGUCUUGCACCCAGUGUUUCCCAGUGGACUCACAACCCUGACCCUGAAAUAAUACUGACUCCUUAUUCUUAUACAGUUGUAUUUAACUGAUUGCUAAUAACUUCUCAGUUCUUUAAACUUUGCAGUAACUAUUUCUACUCUAGAUCCAUCUUGGGUCAUAAUAAUUUCAUUAAAUAAUAAAGAGCUGUUGUUCCUACUAGCCACCACAGUUUGGUAAUACGGUUCUUAUGCCUAUGCAAGACUGAGGGGUGUUAACUAGCAUAAUUAGGCAGUGGUAACACAAAACAGGUGAAACUAAUUGCUUGCCAUCUCAACAGGUAACAAGAACAGGAAGCAUGACCAUAUAUGGAAAACUGGCUGGAAACUGACAAAACGGUGCAUUAUGGAAACUUAUCAGAGCAAAAGCUAAAUAAAAAAAAAGUAAAUAAACUUAAGAAAAGUAAACAAAACUACUAUGAAAUAUUACUGUUGUUUAUUUAGGAUGAAGAUAAACCAAACUAGGCACAAUAACUGAAUUUGAAUAUUGCACAUCCAGUUUUUCAAAUUCAAUUCACUUUUGUUAUUUUCCACAAUGCAAUAUAAACAGAGAGUAUUUGUAUAACACAACUUACAUUUACAUCAUUUAGCAGAAGCUUUUAACCAAAGAGAACUACAAUUUGUGACUGUCGGGUUUGCUUAGGGACCCAGUAGCAAUUUGACAGUUGUGCGACUUAAACCUGCAACUUCUGAUUACUAGUCCAGUACCAUAACUGCUGAGCUGAUCUAACUGCCCAACCUGGUAAAUUAAAUAUUUACUGAACUCAUUAGAAAAUAAACUUUUUGAACUUGUUUAAAUUUUUAAUGUCAAAUAAUCAUGAUAGAUUCAGACUUUUGGACUUUACAGACAUUGGUAAUGUAGUUGGAAUUUGCACAGGAAGUGGCUCCAGCCCAGAGUCAGAAGAUUGUACUCCUCAGCUCAUCAUGGCAUUUUUAAUGAACACUGACACUGUUGAGUGAACUCUGGGCUACUGUCUUUAUUUUUUACUUUUUUGUUUGUUUAAAUCAGUAUGAUAAUUUGUGAGUGUUGUGACAUCAUUAUUGAGUCAGUACAUAUUUAUUAAUGUUAAGUUCAAAUUGAAGACAUAAAAGGUCACACGGAGCACAAAGUAUAAUGUUGGAUAAUGUGGUUAUAACCUUGAAUGGAGUAGCAUAUUCCACAUUGGCACUUCAUCACUUUACUUACGUUUGUGUUUGAUCCAGUGUUAUCAUUGUUAGUUUUUUUUAACUAGUGUUACGGUUUGUGUUUUAUUUUUUCUAUUAUUUUUAAUGUAAUCCUCAUGUUCUGUGUAAAUAGCCUAUAAAGCUUUUCUUCCUUUGUCUUCUUUUAGGACCCA